AACAAGGGGAGUAACUGUGCUGGGAAAUAGGAUUUCUACCCGUGCCUUUUAAAAGCACAGUAUCAUAUUUAAUCCUUUGGCAUUCUUAUGGAAAUACAGCAAAGCUUUGUUUUCAGUAUUUGUGCACACUGAAGGCCUGACAGGGUUCCAGGUUGUUCAUGGUCUGGUUUUGGUUGACAAAAAAUUACGUUGGGCUCCCUCUCCAUGCUAGGAGUGCAGUCCAUUGCUAACAGUGAUCCCUAGCUUGCAGGUUGAUAACUAAAAGUUAACUAUAUAAGUACAUAACAACUAAACUACAAGUUCGCAUGAAAUUCUUUUGAGGUCAUUAGGGCCUUGUGGAUCUCCACCAAGAUCAAUUAAAAGUGUAAGAAUUAAACCAGAAGCAAUUGUCAGCAGUUUUCCUUUGCAUAACCUUCUUAUGAGCUAUAAAAGCGUUUACUAGCAGUUAAUUCUCAACACACACGUUAAAUAUAAUCAUUCUCUAUUCUGAUUUUGAAUUUGGGAAAGUUUGCAGUUCAAAAGGAGUAAAGAAAAACACUUUGCUAAAAUUCCAGGAGAAGUUUGAUUCUCUAGGGAAAUAGGAGAAAGAAGAGAGGGUAAUAUUCGGUGGUCAGUAAUGAUGGAGAAUAAGGUCCUCUUCAGUCAAAGGAGAGCAGAACUGCUGAGGAUGUACUGCACAGGCUUCAGAUACAUUUCCCACUGUCUGUAAGGGUCACAAUUGCUGGCGCUGUCCCUUCGGGCGUUUCGCAGGCAGGUAUGUGUGUGCCCCAGCCCUUCCUACCCCCCUACACCCAGCGUUCCGGUUGCACUUUGCCCUGUUGAGGAAGCAGGAAGAUCAUUCAGGAAGAGGAACUGCCAGAGCGGGAGGGCAAUGGCAAUCUUUGCAAACUGUGCGUUCUUUGUUAAAGUGAGGUACUUACCCAUUCAGGAGAAGAACAGCCUAAGAGCAUGCAUAAAAGAAAAUGGUGGAGUAAUUCAUUAUGUGAUUAAUCGCAAGUGUACACAUGUUCUCGUGGAUACUGCUGAUGUCCUCAGUUGUCACGAUCUAAAAACUAUUCGGAAAUAUCAGCUGCCUGUUGUAUAUGCAGAUUUAAUUUGGAAAUCAGUUGAAAAUGGGAAGCUUUUGCCAACUGAUGCAUAUGAGGUUAAAACAUCACAAGGCGAUACUUCUAACCAAUGGCCAGACAGACAUGGUUUGGAAGACCUAUCAUCUUCUGAAAACAAAAAUGCCACAAAUCAAAAUGAAAGCAAUGACCUCGAUCCUGCUGUUAUAGCAGAAAAUGACAACAAAAUUGUGUUCAAAGUAGGGACUCUCAGAUUUUACACUGAAAAUGAUCAGGAUGCUCCUUUUUUCCCUCAAGAUUUUGAAGUUGCAAAAUACAAUGUCCUUGAAAAAAUUAACUCCAUGGGAAGCAAAGAUUUUGUAGUUAUUGAAUUACAGUGUACCCAAGAAAAGCAUGACUUUCUGUUCCGACUGUAUGCACACUUCAGUGCUUCAAAUGGAACCAAGAAUAAUAAACAAUUCAUAAUAAAUAAGACUGCUGAAGAAAUACGAGAAAAUUAUGAUAUUUUGGUGGCAAACCUGAAGAGCCAGGAUUUCCUGCUCAGAGAAACUUUUCCACCAGAAGCAGAAUGUUUAGCUUCUACAAAAUUACAAAAGUUACUUCUAGAAGAAUCCAUAAAUUCAAGUGCUAUAUGUCAGCAAGUUAGUGAUUUUGUGGAACUGAUCUGGGCAGAAGCUCUUGGCCACCUGGAUAGCCUACUAUUUCAAUCAGUAAACAACAUAAGUCUAAAUGAUGUGAGCAAAGCAGAAGGUAUUUUGCUCCAGGUAAAGAAUGGACUGGAUGAGGGAGCUGAUGAGGCAGCGCUACAAGAGAUGAUGAUGCAAUUUUAUGAAAUUAUACGUCACAAAACUGAAAUAGACUAUAAAGUUUCCAAAAAGCUGUUAUCUAGAAAACAGGACCUGUGUCAGCUCAUCCGAGACAUGCUUAAUACACAGGAAACAAAUAUGUCAUGCCCAAACCCAACAUCUUUGGCCAAAUACCAGGCCCUGAGGUGCAAGAUUCAAGCUGUUGAUCCAAUGAGUGAUGAAUUUCUCAGUGUUGCACAACAAGUGUUAAAAAACAAUUACAAUGACUGUCCAGUGAGAAUUUUACAAGUGUAUAGUGUUGGCAGAGUAAGUGAAACAGCAGAAUUUCUGGGCAGUCUUGGAAAUAUUCGAUCCUUAUUCCAUGCAUCAUCUGUGCGCAAUUUCAUGGGAAUUCUUUCCAGAGGACUUCUCUUGCCAAAAGUGGUUGUUGAAGAUCAUGGCCUGGAAAGAACUGACAUUGGAAAUCUGGGAAGUGGCAUUUACUUCAGUGAUUCUGUUAGUGCCAGUAUUAAGUAUUCUUCACCCAGUGAAAUAGAUGGAACCCGACUCCUUGCAGUUUGUGAUGUGGCACUUGGAUCCUGCUUAGAUUUGUAUGAACGAGAUUUUUCAUUAAACGAUCCCCCAUCGGGUUAUAACAGCGUCCAUGGAGUCCGCCAGACAGCGGACAUCACUUCAGACUUUGAGGAUGAUGAAUUUGUUGUGUACAAAACCUCACAGGUUAAAAUUAGAUAUGUUGUUAAGUUUUGCCUUCCUGAAGAUCAAAUAAAGCCAUUUCAGCCUGGAGCUGGGGUGGAACAGGAGCAAGAUAACAGUGAACCAGAGUCACAAUGUCAUGUACAGAAUGAGAGCUAUGCAUUACCAAGUGCAAAUACUUCAAAUAAAGUAAAAACUGGUCUUCAAGACAGACUGGGAAAUCCUGUUCCUCUGGAAGGCUUUCAUAUUAAGGCAAGGAUAAUAGACUUCGUAGCACAGGUAGUAAUGUUUCAGACCUACACCAACCAAAGCAGUAGUCCGAUUGAAGCUAAAUAUGUUUUUCCUUUGGAUGAUAAAGCUGCUGUUUGUGGAUUUGAAGCUUUUAUCAAUGGAAAACACAUCAUUGGAAAGGUUAAAGAAAAGAAACAAGCACAGAGAGAAUAUCGUAAAGCUAUCAGCCAGGGUGAUGGAGCUUAUCUAAUGGACCAAGAAGCACCGGAUAUUUUUGUAAUAAGUGUUGGAAAUAUAUCUCCAGACUCUACAGUUCUGAUCAAAAUCACCUAUAUCACUGAACUGAGUUGUCAGAACGGUUGUAUCACUUUUCAUAUGCCUGCUUCUGUAUCACCAUGGCAACAGGACAAAGCACUGAAUGAAAACACGCAGGAUGCAAUAAAGAAGGUUUGUGUUAGACAAAUAAGAACACUGAAGAAUGGAUUCUCCUUGGAUAUGUCUAUUGAGAUGCCAUAUAGCAUUGAACGCCUACAUAGUUGGACACACAAACUUAAAAUAAAGAAAACAGAGUGCAAGGCUGUAAUUAAGACUGUGAAGAACAGCAGCUUGGGCAGUAGUGGCUUUGGUCUAGAUAUAUGGAUUUCUCAAGCCUAUCUACCCCGAAUGUGGGUAGAGAAGCAUCCCAACCAAAAGAGUGAGGCUUGCAUGCUUGUAUUCCAACCAGAGUUUGAAGCAGCGUUUGAUGAAGAGCAGCUGUCCAGUGAAAUUAUUAUUUUAUUAGAUUGCUCAAAUUCCAUGGCAGGUUCAAUGUUACGGGAAGCAAAGCAGAUUGCUUUACACGCUUUGAAACAACUUGGUUUCAGACAAAAUGUGAAUGUAGUCAAAUUUGGCACAAAUUUCAUAGAAUUUUCCCCAUUUUCAAAGGACAUCAUAAAGGAUCUGCCAUCACUGACCAAGUUUAUUACAUCAGCUACUGCAACAUUGGGAAACACUGAUCUGUGGAAGACCUUACGUUACUUAAGUUUGCUAUUUCCUUCUCAAGGACACCGAAACCUUCUUCUUAUAUCUGAUGGACACAUUCAGAAUGAGAGCGUGACAUUCCAGAUAGUGAAAGAUAAUGUCUACCAUACGAGGUUAUUUACAUGCGGUGUUGGUUCCACAGCAAAUCGACACAUGCUGAGAUCUUUGUCCCAGUAUGGUGCUGGAGCAUUUGAAUAUUUUGACCCGAAAUCAAAGUAUAACUGGGAGACAAAGAUACAGCGCCAGGUGUCCAGAAUAUUUUCUCCAGGAUGCAGUUCUGUUUCUAUUAAAUGGCAACAGUUUAAUAUAAAUGAACCAGAGCCAAUGCAGGCUCCUGCUCAAAUACAGUCUUUAUUUACCAAUGAGAGGCUUCUUGUCUACGGAUUUGUCCCUCACUGUACUCAGGCCACCUUAAGAGCAAUAAUAAAUGACAAAGAACUACAAACUGUGGUGUCAACUACUGAAUUACAGAAGACAACAGGAACAGUGCUACACAAACUCACAGCAAGAGCUUUUAUUAGAGACUAUGAAGAUGGGAUUCUUCAUGAGAAUGAAACAGAACAUGAGAUGAAGAAACAAAUCUUGAAAAACAAGAUUAUUCAUCUCAGCUUGGAGAACUCAAUUAUAACCCAGUUUACAAGCUUCGUUGCAGUUGAGAAGAGGGAUGCUAAUGAAAUUUGUCCUGCUGAUGUUCCAAACGUUCUGGAAAUUAUAGCACAAGAAGAUGUAGAUAUUUUACCGUACAUGGACUGGGACCAAAAGCCAAUGGAAUCUGAAAUUGUAUUUUCAGACGGAUUUUCCCGGGCAUGUUCCCCAGGAGUAACUGAUGCUUGGUCAGAUUAUUUCUUCAGUGACAGAGGUGAAACUGAAAGCUUCCAAUUUCAAUCUGAAGAACUUCCUGUUAUUCAAGAGAGCACCUCACAAAAUGUCAAAGCACAGGGCUUUGGAUUUUUUUCUGAAAUUCAAAGUAACACAUGCAGUCUCAAAUCAAAUUUGAAUUUUGAUAAUGGCAUCACAAAGGAGGAAUCUUCAGGAGCAACAUCAUCUUCACCACAUGGCUUUCGUGUGCUGGAUUAUUGCAACAGUUUCACAUUUGGUUCAGCAGCUGAGCUAGGAGGAGCUUAUCUGACUGAAAAAAAAUCACUUCAGACCCCUGCACUUCCAAAAUUUGGUGUUCGUAUGAGUGUUCCUGCACCUGCUCGUCCCGGGUCUCUUGAAAGACUGGCGGGAGGCAUGAAACCUGCUUAUUCUUCUUGUGUUGCUCAGAUACAACAUUCAGGAAUGUUUGGUUCACCUCCUCCUAUAAACACGAUAUUUUCUGACAAAACAAAUGUUCAGAAACAAGUUAUUCCCAAAUGUCCCAUUUUCCAAUGUGAUAGCAAAGCAGCAAUGCCAUGGCGAACGUGUAAGAAAAAAGUAGUAGGUCAACAUGGUGCUACAGCAUCUGAAGCAUUUACUGAGGGCACUAAGGUUUUGGAACAACCAAAGAGUUUUGCAGCAAUAGAGAAAGAAAAGAUUCAACGGAGAAUUGAGCUGACUUCUAUAAACUUGAAAGAAAUUUUUGAGCUCCAAAAUCAGAAUGGCUCUUGGAAUCUCAGUCCACAGUUGGGAAAAAUCUUGAAAUUUGAUGUUGAUUAUUUAAUUAAUCAUUUCCUUAUCAGAAAAGGCAUUCAGUCACUUGGCUCAAAUGGAAAAGAAAAGCUACUGCAGUUGAUUGCUACUCUUCUUGUGCUUCAGUUCAUACGCUGCACAAAGGAACUGAAUGGGAUAGUUUUCAAAUCGCUGAUGAAACUGGAUAAUUUAACCACUUCAAGUGGUGUUCACUGGAGUUUUGAGUUGAUCAAGAAAGCAAUAGAGUGGGUAAGAAAAGUUGACAGACAAUUUCCCGCUAUUUCCUAUCGACUUGAACUUGGGAAAGACUGGGAUUCUGCCACGAAGAAGAUACUGGGUAUCACCUUUAAAUAACAUCAGUUUUCUUUCUACUUAAAAUAUUUAAACCUUUGUAGUUGUUUAAGAUAAUAAUGAAAUAGCUUUUCUUGUGAUUUUACAUAAAAUGUUUAAAUUGAGGAUAUUUGAUUGCAUAUUAUUCUUGAAUAAUUCUCACACAGACAAAAUUAAAGGAUCUUACAGUUAGUAAGUUGACUUGACAUAUGUAGUAUUUUACUUACCUGUGACUAUUAAAAAUACCUCCAUAUUUCAUAAUUUGACGUUUUUUUCCAGUUUAUUGCAUAUUCUUAGUACUUUUGCAUCUUUCAUAUUUCUAUUCUAAAAUCUUUUAUUCUUCUUCAGUGGCACUGUAAGUGAAGUGCAAUAUAGUAAUUUAGUUAAAUACUGCAGAAUAUGUUUUGACAGAUACAAGAAUGUGAUCAGUAAAGACCUAAUAAACAUCUUCACAACAUA